AUGGAGAAUGGGCUCAUCUGCUUUGAAUUCAAACAUCUGAAGUCGAUAGAGUGGAUCUUAUCCCGUGGCCCAUGGCACCUUGGAGGCAAACCUAUGCUCCUCCGCAAAUGGACUCCAGCGAGUGCAAUAGGAAAACCUCUUUCAGUUGAUCUUGCUACUAAAGAGAGGCGUCGUCUUUCUUAUUCCCGUAUAUGUGUGGAAUUGAAUGUGAACAGUAUUAUGCCUGCCGAAGUAACAGUCAACCUUAGAGGAGAGGAAUUUAUUGUAACUGUCACUUAUGAGUGGAAACGGAAAAAAUGCAAUGAAAAUAGUAAAAAGGAAGCUGCAAGUAAAGAGGUUCCUGUUAAAGAGGUUGUUCCUACUAAAGAGGUGGUUCCAGAUUGUGGGGAGUAUGGAGAUGUUGUGUUGGAAUCCUUCCAACACAUGGAAGAAGGAGAAAUUAUUACCCAUAAACUGCCUGAAAAGGUGGAGGUAAAUCGGGAGGAAUUUACCCCAGUUGAUAGGAAAAAUAGGGGAAUGAUCUCUAUUUGGGACAGAGGGAAAAGGGCGGAAGUGAGUAUCACUAACUCCUUUAACAACCUCAUGGAGGUGGAUAAAGGAGAUAAAUGGCCUUUAUCUAUAGUGGAUGGCUCCCCUCCUCCCUUACGAGUAGAUGACUCUUCUAUGGUCGUUUUGAGUACUAUAGGUGAUGUAAUUCCUAUGGGAGAGGCGGCUCCCAUACAACCUCAUGAUUUGAUCUUUGGGGAGAAGGUAGAGGUUCUGUGUGUGUAUGCCUCUAAUAGUAAUAUCGAGAGACGUGUUUUAUGGAGGCGAAUAAUUGAGAUCUCUGCUGGUUGGAGAGGACCGGGUAUGGUCUUUGGUGAUUUUAACACCAUCAGACUCCACUCUGAAGCCUUCGGGGGUGCUCCGAACGUGGAGGAUAUGGAGGAGUUUGACAUGGCUAUUCGAGAGGCGGACCUUAUUGAACCCGCGGUCCAGGGGAACUGGUUUACUUGGACUAGUAAGAGACAUGGGUUGGGUUUGAUGAGGAGACUUGAUCGUAUCCUAGUGAAUGAUGAGGGGCUUAGUACAUGGCCUAACAUGUGGGUUAACGUCGUCCCGUGGGGUAUUUCUGAUCAUUCUUCCAUACUUGUCUAUCCCAGUAAUCAGCGAAGCCAACAAGUGGUCUCUUUUCGUUUCUUUAACCAUUGGGUUGAAGAAGCGUCCUUUAUGGAUGUUGUGUCCUCUGCUUGGACCAAAGAUACUAGAGUUUCUCCAAUUUUGAAUAGUGUAAGGAACUUAAGAAAUCUCAAGUCGAUUCUUCGCAGACAUUUUGGUAGGCAUAUCUGA